UGUAUUAAUACUCGUAUCAGCUGUAUGAAUACAUGCAUUUUCAUUUACUCACGUUCAUUGAACCCAUUGGUGUGCCUUAUACACGAAACCCUCCUACGCAGUUCAAUAGCCAAUCACAGACAAGAUACCACCGGUAUGAUUGUUCAAUCAAUUUGCAUACACAAGUACACACACACACACACACAUACCGUACCAGCGUCGGCAAGAUGGCGUCCUUUAUCUUUGAUAGUUGUUUGUACGUAGUUAAAAUGGAAUCCAAUGACCCCCUGAUCAACUGAUUUUGACAUCUCAGUUAAGGAGAGAAAUGAUUCCCGAUGCAAGGGUUAAAGGCUCUACAUGCUGUAGCAGCCGAGGACCUUCAGAUUUACAAGGCUAAGAACAGCCGCAAGCCAGCCCUUGACCUCAGAGGUCUUUGCCUCACACAGAUCCCCGACUCCAUCUGCUGUGGCAUACUAACAAAGUGCCUUACAUCGCUGGAUGUUAGUCACAACCAGCUGACAUGUCUGCCAUCAUGCAUCAGUCGGCUAAGCUCUUUGCGAGACCUGAGGGCAUCUCGCAACUUGCUCAAUCAAUUGCCAGAGGACUUUGGAUGCCUAAGGGAACUCGCAUUGAUAGACCUUUCACACAACCACCUCACACAUAUUCCAUUAUGCCUGGAUAAUCUUGAGUGCAUGCAGCAUGUGAACUUAUCUGGGAACAGAAUCGGUGAACUGAGGGCAAGUACAUUUCACUUGCCGAGGUUAAGAACGUUUCAUGUAACGAGAAACCCAGUAGCAAAUGUACCUCAAGAUGUAUAUUUAGAUGGAUUGCCGGCAAUCCGUCGCUUCUUUGAUGUAAGUAUUAGUGUGCCACAGCAGGUCUGUUGGAGUCGGGAGGAUCCGCAUUCUUCACUGUGUGAGGAAAUUGCUCAUCUUCAACUGAAACAUGUUAAUACCAGACACAAGAGUGUAGACGUUCGAGCCUGUGCUUCAAAACCUACGUACCUUGAGGAUUCUCACAAUGAAAGAACUAGUGCAUUCAGAAUAGUCAGGAAUGGUGCUGCUGCUCCUCACAAACAACUCCAGCGAUUAGAGUCAGAUGGUCACGUCUCCACAAGUGACUACGGAUCGUGUACAGGAUCAAUGGGUGGCAGUGCCUUCCAAGGAAAGCAGGAUGAUGAUGCAAACAGUUGUUGUGGGGACCAGGGAAGCGAUGCUGGAGAUGUUCCUCAUGAGAAAUAUGAGGAGAUAGAGACUUGUGAUACUUGCCAUAAACCACUAACACCAGAAGUUGACUUUGAAGAUGAUGAAGCAGUAGACUUCAUUUUGCCAAACAGAUCGAGGUUUCUGAAGACUGGCCAUGCUGCGGUUCUUAUUCCCGAGCAUAACAAAUCAAACAUCUUGCGAAUGGAUUUCUUCUUGGAAUUAUUAGGAGACCUUAAGUUUGUUCCAGAGUUUGGUGAGAAUAUGAUCCACGCGAGCUCAGUUGCUUUCCUUGGCCCCCAUGGGGCCUUGUUCUAUGAAGACUGUCCUGCCAUCAUUCGGCUACCCCUCUUUGUGGAUGUUGGAGUAUCAAAAGUGAGGUGCUUCACGAGCAAUACGGAUGAUAUGGAAAUGCCUUUUUGGAUGGAGAUACCUGCAUGUGACUUCAGAGUAUAUUGUGGAUAUGUGUUGUUAAGAACAACUCACUUUUCCCUCUUUGCUGCCAUGUUGGACAAAGUGACCCCUACUGUAACGAAAGUCAUCAACAAGGAUGAGGGUGGAAAGCUAGUAGUAGAUCAAGUGCCUGGUGUCAAGGUUGAUUUCCCAGAAGGAUCCCUAUUGGAAGAUGUUGAAGCUUCUGUUAAGGUCUACUGCUCAGAGCUUCCUGCACAUCUGAGGACAAACCUCCCAAUGGGGGAUGCUUUUGCAUCCCCGACAGUGGUGCUCCAACCUCAUGGCUACUUCUUCAAGGUGCAAAGAGACUGCAAUGUUACCGUGGAGCUGCCUAUCCCAAACUACAAUCAGAUAGUUCAGCAGUUUGGAGGAGAAGCCCAACUCUCUGUAUGGCACAGCCCAACAUCGGAAGAAGAGCCGGUCUCGUGGGAACCACUGAAUGUCGUCUAUCACAUCCGUGAAGAUGCCAACGCCAACCGCUUCAUGGUGAUUCCCGUUGAGCACUUCUCCUGGCUGACUGCCAUCUGGGAUGGGAUCAGGAGUAAGCUGAACAACACAGGGAUGUCACUGGGCUUCUACUCGGGAGGAGCUGUGAGCAUGAAGUGUCAGGCGUGGAUGCUGGAGAGUUCAGAUACGGAGAAGUUUGGUCUGGUGGUCAUCUGUCACCGAAGUGAUGACAGUGCAAUGCAAGAUGUGGGCAACUAUGCUAAUAACGUGGGUGGCAGCCUCAAACCUGUUGCAAUAGCACCUGGUGGAGAUAUUGUAGUAAAGCUGGGACGUUCAGACUACUUUGAGGCAGACACUCGAGCCAGCGAAGACCCUAGUCUGGAGAAAGUGGAGGCCAACUACAAGGGCGGGGAGUUUGAGAUGCAGUUUGCAUGCCGCUUCAAGGGAAGCAACAAACCCAAGGAGAAGGAGAUCUUUGGCAAGGUGUUCGUGAGGCGAAGGAAAGAGGAUGGCUCAGAAGAGCGUCUGUUUGAAUUCAACCUUAUCAAGAAGAGUGAUGAGCCCGAUGAUGCUCCGGAGGAUCCGUGGACCACAGCAUCCCUCAAAGACCUGGCAGACAUGCAUAACAUCACCGUUGAGGACAACUGGAAGCAGUUUGCCCGUGCCCUUGGCUUCAGCUUCCAGGACAUACGCACCAAGCUAGGUCGGGCUGCGGACCCCUUCUCGGAGAUCGUCUCCAUGUACCGAAGAAAAGGAGGAGAGUACAACGAGUUCAUGGUCACGCUGAGCCAAGUCGGCCGUAAGCUUCGGCUGAACGACACCUCAUCGGAGGAAUCGGCAGCACCAAACACGGGAGGGGCGCAGAACUGGAAACAGAUGCUCAGUCUUAGGGGUUGGUUCGGAGGAGGCGGAGGCAAUGUCAGUCCAUCGCAGUCAGGAUCGCACUCCUCCUCACCACCGAGUGUACAUGAGGAUGAUGAAAAUCAACCUGGUCCUAGUGGUCUGCAGCAGAAUAUGAGGCGAAAACGUCAGUGUCCUACCUGUGAGGCAGAGCCUAUCAUUCCAUCGACACCGCACCGCUACGCCAAGCGUCUUCGCCUCUCCCCUACCACUUCUGAGUCUUCAGGGGGUAGCGAUGACCCCAUGCACACCCUGCGUUUCAACCCAGACCAGUCCCCUCCCCGCACCCCGGGAGAAGCAGGAACGUUCUGCAGUCUCCCCACCACAUCCCGGUACUCCCCACCCCACAUCAGCCUCACCCAUAACCCGUCCGGCGUCAACCUGGUGUCCAGCCACAACAAUAAUCCCGUCUUGACCCCAGGUGUUGGCAUGUCGGGUAUGUCCAGCAUCUACGGGCCCAGCACGUCUCAACUUACCUCAGGCAACCCCCACAUGUACAACAACACCCCAUACACGGCAGUCCAUUAUGGCAGUAUUCCUAAUACAGCACAACAGGCUAUGCCCAACUCCUUGAGUGACCAGGAGAACCUCCUGCGCGCCAACCCUCAAGAGAUCAGCCAGAACAACCUCUACCACAUCGCUUCCACGAUACAGAACAACUGGGUGAAGGUGGCCCGCUUCAUCCGCGACGACGAGACUCUGGAGACGGACAUCAAAUCCAUCAAGGAGAAUCACUCCAGUCCCGAGGAGCAGGCCACUCAGAUGCUCCUUCAAUGGAGGGAGAAGUGUCCAGACCGAUGCAGUAGGGGGAUCCUCUACGGAGCACUCUGUGACCUAAAUCUCAAGUCUGUCGCCAAGAAGUGUGAGCUCAUCUACAAGAAAUCCAGAUGAUAGAAAGCUUUCAUUGUUCAGUUGGUCAUUAAAAGUGCCCUUGUGUGCCUAACUGGUCCUAUGUUAUGAUUGACAAGCAUUACAGAGUGGCCAGUAUCGUCAUAGUGCUCUUCUGUAAUCAUCCUCUGUGCAACGACUGGUUGCAGAUCCUCAAGAAUGUAUGGUGUUCGUCAUCUCUUUAUCCCAUUUAUUAUGUCGUGAAUCGCACUGCUUCAGAGCUUUACUGCAUUGCUCUAUAAAUGCCUUGGAAGCGUGCUUUAAAGAACAUAUAUGCAGUGAGUUGCAUAGUGAAAUUUACUUUCUUGAAGUAGAUUAAUGCCGUAUGCAAAACUGCCAAACUUGAUGAUGGUGUAUCACGUGUAGUGUUGCAUGUCAAAUGUAGAGAUGAAGACCAAAUAUGAGUGCUGGUCACUUAUUCUUGUUCUUCAUCGUUAGAAAGUUGGAAAUGCUGCAGUGAUAAAAGAAUAGAAACAUUAUUGCCUUAAAGGUAAUACAAAGUGUUGGUAUGGAUAAAUUUUUAUAUUCAAUUUUUUUUAAAAGCAGAAUUUUUGUAUGGGCUAAAUUUUCUAGUGCUUAUAUUACAUCCACAGGGGCAUCCAAAUCUAUCCAAAUUGAAAAGAAUCACCACCAUCCAAUUUUCAAAAAUUCCCAAAACUUUGUAUUACCUUUAAGACAUGCAUAUGCUGGAGCUGGGUGUUCUGCUUUGAAAUGUAUGUUGGUAGGAAGUGCGUUGGCAGUGACAUUGCCUCAAACCCUCAUUCAUUCCAUGAUGUCACUGCCUCGCGAUGAGUUUUCGUUAAAUACAAUCCCGAGCCAGAUGCUGAUGCUGAAGCUCUUUUGAUAACUUCCCUAAUAAGAUAGCAUUUUCCCUUGACAGACCAAUAAAUUUUAAGGUCAAAACAAUGUAUUUUAUGGUAUUUAUUACAUCUUUUUUUCAAAAGUUGUAAUUAUCAUCUCUUUCUCUGCCCCCGUUAUGUUUCACAUGGAUCAUGACUAGAAAAUAGCUUUGCAUGUUCUUUGAAAGUUUUGUAUUUCCUUUUUUUUUCUACUUGGGCCAAACGGAAAAGUGCAAUAACAGGAUACUCUUUGUGACAUAACGUUGUGUUAGUUUGUAACAAUUUUUUCUCACUUUGAUUGCUCUUUUUAAUUCAUCGUUCUUUUUAUAUGUCCCCUUGCUUGCAAACAUUUUUCUCCCCCCCCCCCCUCGAUAAAAUGGAGAACUUUACACUUUGGUUGGACCUUCAGUAUUAAUUCCAGUACACUUGGAAUACACAGGCACCAAUUGUUUGCCAUAGUUUGUUUCAAACACCUAAUUUGCUGGUAUGGGUUAAUGGAGUUAUGACACCAAAGGUAGCCUUCAGGUAUAGAUAAACUAUUUCAAAUUGUAAGAAUAAGUUUUAAAAUAGAACUAUUGCAUUGGGGCUGGACAGGUGAACAAACCUACAAUAUUCCGGACAGGAUCCCUGUAGAUACAUUGUAAGCAAUCUUUGAUUGGAGUAAGCAUGAGUGGAAGUAAAUUCAACAAUUGCAUAAAGAAAUAAGUAUUGAUUCAAAUGAUGAUUUUAUUUUUCAUGCAAAACACAAUACAAUGAAUAAGUAUAUUACAAACAAAAUAUACAAUGAAACGACAAAUAUGGUUGUAAAAGCACGGGAAAAGAGGAACCAACUAGAAGCAUACCAGUAGCUUGUUGAAGUAUUUAUUCCUCAGAGGCUGUUUUACGAACCGUCUUGAAAACAAAGUAUACAUAGAAAAUUAUGGGCCGAUUUGGACUGCCAGUUAUAAUAAAUUGUGACACCAAAACUGCCUCAAGUACCAAUUGGUAUGAAGAUGUUGCUUUAAAAAGAAUUGAGAGUAGUACUUCUAUUAGCAGUUAAAACAUAUUAGAAAUUUCGGAUGUCUGAUGACUAGUGGUGAUCAAUGUGAUCACUGUUCUGAAAUAUGUUUUUUUUUUCUCCCUUCAAUAACUCACUACUCAGGUAUACCCACCUAUAGUACAUGUAUUUUUCUUCUUUUUUCUCGUUGUACUGUACAAUCGAAUCGAAUCUUAAAGCUAAACAAUUUUUUUUUUUUUUGGGGGGGGGGGGGGGGGAGGAGGGUAUAGGAUUUGCAUUUUCCUUUUCCUUGCGUCAUCUCCACUGAAACUUAGUGAAGUGCUGCAAGUAAAUUGCAUCAUGAUACUGUCUGCAAAGUAUUUUAUAUAGUGUUUUGUGUGAGAUGUUUGUUUUCAUUACUCAGCCAUAUCAUGAUGUUUAUCCUGAUUUAUGAUCUUUAAUCUGUGUGCAAACACAUACAUUAUGCACAAAUUUGUAAGAUCAAGCCUUUUCUUCUUCUUAUACCGUCUUCAACCAUGAGUCAUUCCAUUCUUUAAUUCAGUAGCAUUUAGUUUGCAUAUGGUAAACAGCUAUUUAUUUUGUAAUAACUUACCCUUCAAUUCAUUUGUAUUCUUGGUCCCUACGCUAUUCAUGCUAUGUUUUAUUAUUCUAUUCUUAUGUUUCGUAACCUGGCCUGGUAGUCGGAUGUUUUCAUUUUGAUCCCUGGGCUAUCCCAACCUUUGAUCUAAAUUAUGAAUCGAAUUGUCACCUUGCUUCCUUGAUAAGUGGUGAGACUUCUUAGAGUCUAAAAUUUCAUUGCCUUUGGCAUUUCUAAGAUUUAUCCUUCUGUGAAAUUUACAGUUUGACUGUCUUUAAAACAAUCAUUUAAAACAAUUUCCUUUAAUCUACUAGUAUUUCAAGCUAGCAAAUAAUAUCCAUAAAAAAUUUAAUAAUCAAAUCUAAAUCUGAAAUAAAUUGAUGUAAUAGUUCCCUAUCGUGAAAAAAACAAACUUCUCCAUACUUCAUGUAUGUAAAGGAGAAGGAAUUACGAUGUCUUUUUAGUGUCCCAUCAUAAUUAUAAAUGUGUGAGUUGAUGGUUUUUAUCUGCCUAGUCUCAUUCCAAACUGUAUAUAGUUAAUGUAAAUUAUUGAGAGUUAUUCUAAAGCUUAUGUACAUUCAGAGUAUCAAAUAUAAUGUACUUUUUUGUAAAAUGUGAAAGUACUUUUUCUUUUGUAAAAGUGUUUUUGUAUAAUAUGAAAUAUUUUCAAUAAUAGAGUUCCAAUGGAAACAUUGA